CCCCCCUUCUUCCCCUCGCCCCACUGUCGGCCCCCGUUGCCUCCUCCUCCCUCCCCCACCUGCUCUUUUGCACGCGCGCACGCACGCACGCACCCCACCAUGAGCCCCCCCGACUGCAGCGUUUGCCGGCUGCCCAUCACGGGGCAGAUGAUCUCGGCGUCCAACCAGGCCCUGCACCCGGAGUGCUUUGUCUGUGUGCAAUGCCUGAUGCCCUUCCCGGAGGGUUCUUUCUACGAGUCGCCGGAGCCCGUCAAGCGGCUGUACUGCCCGGAUGACUUCCAAAAGCUUUUCGGCAUGCGCUGUGCCAAGUGCGGAGAGUCCAUCGCCGGGCGGUGCAUCACGGCGCUGGACAUGAAGUGGCACCCGGAGCACUUCUCCUGUGCCGAGUGCGGGGACGUCCUGUCCGGCUCGUCCUUCGUUCGGCGCCUGAACAAGCCCUACUGCAAGCCGUGCUCGAGCGUCCUGAAGGAGCGCGCCCUCCAGCAGACCCGGUCCACCUGCGCCAAGUGCCAAAAGCCCAUCAUGAGCAAGAACGAGCUGAUCGUGUACCAGCGCGAGCGCUACCACGCCCGGCACUUCUCUUGUCACUCAUGCUCCUCCGUGCUGACGGCCGACUGCAAGGAGCUCGACGAUAAGCUCUAUUGCCAGCCCUGCCAUCAGAAGGCCCUCUCGGCCACUUGCGACGUCUGUCGGCGACCGAUCGACGGUCGCAGUAUUUCCGCCCUCGGCAAGCAAUUCCACCCGGAGCACUUCGUGUGCACCCGCUGCGAGAAGCCCUUCGGCCAGUCGUCCUUCUUCGAGUACGAGGGGAAGCCCUACUGCGAGAUCCACUUCAACGAGGUCCGCGGGGCCAUGUGCGGCCGCUGCCUCAAGUCCCCGCAGGAGGCCAGUGUCCCGGUUUUCAGCCGGCACUACUGCCGGUCGCACAUGGUGUGCGUCGGCUGCGAGGUGUCCCUCCUGCCGGCCGACAUCGACCCGGCCACCGGCAAGCUGGCCAAGGACGCCAUCAUCCCGCCGCCCUACUACGAGUGGGAUCUCAAGCCCUUCUGCAAGAACUGCUUCGGUGAGCUGCCCUCCAGUGUCCAGCGGCGCCUCACCAAGUACGCGGAGCUCGAGCGGAAAUACCUCAAGAAGCACGCCAAGUAGAGGAGAGAGAGAGGUCCACCCUGUGGGGGGUGGCUUGCGCUGCUGCCCGCGCCCCCUCCCCCCCCCC